UUAUCUCGAGCACUCGUUUUGAUUCGUUUCUGCGAAGUACACCGGGUGCUAUCGCCAAAAAAUGAUAGUGUCAACAAGUAUUUGUAGGUUAUCGAGAUACCACAAGCCAGUGCUUUUGGCUGGCAAAAAUUCGUGUAAAAAUGGAAAUACGACCUACGUCAAGUUUAGUCACGCGAGACGAGCAAGUCACACGAACGUCGGCACCGAAGUCGUCACGUUGUCUGAUGGCAAGCCACUCAAGCUAUCUACAGGUAAAUAUGCACGUUUCGCUGAUGGUAGCGCAAUCGUGUCCUUGGGCGACACUUCAGUCAUGGUCACAGCAGUUUGCAAGCACCAAUCGUCUAAUUCCUCAUUCCUUCCACUCAUCGUGGACUACAGACAGAAGGCAGCUGCAGCGGGUCGCAUACCAACCAAUUUUUUAAGGAGAGAACUCGGGCCAACCGAAAACGAAAUUCUCACGAGCAGAGUCAUCGAUCGAUCAAUAAGACCGUUAUUCCCAGAGGGAUUUUACUACGACACCCACAUAAUGUGCAACAUGUUAGCUGUCGAUGGUAUAAACGAUCCUGAUGUGAUUGCCAUUAACGGUGCCUCUGCGGCUCUUAGCAUCUCUGAUAUUCCAUGGAAUGGUCCUGUGGGCGCGAUCAGAAUCGGGAUGAUCGACAAUGAAUUUAUAAUUAAUCCUACGAGACGUCAAAUUCAAGAUAGUAUAUUAAACAUGAUUGUCACAGCGACUAAACACAAUUUAAUCGUCAUGUUAGAGGGUUCAGCCAAUGAAAUAUUAGAGCAGGAUCUGAAGAAGGCGAUAAAACUCGGCGUUAAAGAAUGUCAGAAUAUUGUGAACGCUAUAGCAAAUUUGCAAAAGGCACAUGGCAAAACGAAAAGAAAUAUCGAGACUGUCGAACAGGAUAAUAAUCUGAUCAAUUCUGUGAAGGAACUUUCGGAGACAAAAUUGCGAGAAAUAUUUUCAAAUCAUGCUCAUGAUAAGAUUUCUAGGGACAAUGCGAUUAAUGAUCUUAGAAAUAGUGUUAUUGAGGCGUUGAAAAGUGAUAAUACUGAUUUGGAUGUUAAAUCAGCGGAAAACAUCUUUGGGAAAAUUACCAAAGAUCUUUUCAGGACACUGAUCUUAGACACAGACGUCAGAUGCGAUGGUCGUUCACCGGAUGGUUUACGCGAUAUAUCAUGCCAGGUAGACCUUUUCAAUCCUCUUCAUGGCUCGGCUGUAUUUCAACGAGGACAGACUCAGGUCAUGUGUACUGUGGCUCUGGACUCUCUGGAAAGUGCGCUCAAGAUGGACGCUAUGUCGAUGUUAAUUAGUGGCGUGAAAGAAAAAAAUUUCUUCCUUCAUUACGAAUUUCCGCCCUAUGCAACUAAUGAAACAGGACACGUAGGUCGGAUAGGACGUCGGGAGAUGGGACAUGGUGCUUUAGCGGAGAAAGCCCUGAGGUCGAUUCUUCCAAAGGACUAUCCGUUCACCAUAAGACUGACUAGCGAGGUUUUGGAAUCAAAUGGUUCUUCUUCAAUGGCUACGGUUUGUGGCGGAAGCUUAGCACUGCUCGAUGCAGGCAUACCUAUAUCUUCGUCAGCAGCAGGUGUGGCCAUUGGUCUCGUGACUAAAUAUAAUGAAACUAACACUGAUAUCGACAAGUAUAAGAUAUUGACUGACAUAUUAGGAAUCGAAGAUUAUCUUGGGGAUAUGGAUUUCAAAAUAGCAGGCACCAAGCGAGGAUUCACCGCGUUACAGGCCGAUGUAAAGAUACCAGGAGUUCCACUAAAAAUUAUAAUGGAGUGCCUAUAUCAAGCGAUAGCUGCUAAACGAGAAAUCAUUAAAAUCAUGAACGAUGUGAUACGAACACCGCAAACAAAGAAAAAGGACAAGAUGCCAGUGAUUGAGAACUUGGAGGUUCCUAUUCAUCAAAGAGGAAAGUUUCUUGGAAUCGGCGGUAUGAAUUUAAAGAAGAUACUCUUGGAAACCGGAGUGCACAUAUUUCCACACGAUGAGAACACGUACUCUAUAUUUGCGCCAAACGAAAACGCCAUGAACGAAGCUAAGGAAAUGAUAGAAAAUAUUCUGCAGAAGGAUCGCGAGCCGACUUUGGAAUUCGGCGCCAUUUAUACCGCGAAAAUAGUGGAAAUACGAGAGAUUGGAGUUAUGGUGACGCUACAUUCCAAAAUGGUGCCAACAUUAUUGCCCAAUUCUCAAUUAGAUCAACGCAAGAUCCAUCACCCUAGCGCUCUGGGACUGGAAAUUGGUCAGGAGAUACAAGUCAAGUACUUUGGACGAGACCCAGCGUCCGGACAGAUUAGGAUAUCGCGAAAAGUGCUGCAGGAACCGAUUACGUUGUCGAAAACUCUGCAUCGGGAUAACGCAGAGAGGAUGUGAAAUCCGUAAAUUACUAUAUUUUCAAUUGAAAGAUACAUAUUAUCGAUUAUUUUUAUUGCGAGAUGAUCUGUACAUUUUCCCGUCUAAAAAUGUGACUACCUUUUUGCAGAUUCCUACAGUAUAUAUUUGUUGAAUACAACAUUUUGUAUGAUGCCUUUGUUAAGAAUAGAGACAUAAAAAUACCGGGAAUAUGAAAUAUAAUUGAUAU